CUCUGAAAGAAUUUAGUUUUGUCAGGAAUCAGAGACGUAUGUUUCGUGCUCGGUGGAAGGUGCACACAGUGGUUGCACCACAAUAAACAAAGUGAUCGUGUGUUGCGUAUUCAUAAUAUUUUCGAAGCAGUACAUUUUGUAGUUGGAAAUCUGCGUAUAUGUACGGAAAUAUGCGUGAAAGAGAAGAAUUUUGUCGAAGUUUUCCACCGGGACAACCGAUCCAGGCACCGACAGCACGAGCUCUAGGCCUUGAUGCUUUGCACAAUCUUUGUAAAGAGAUCUAUCCGGACCAAAGCAAUCCGCUCACUGUCACUGCAGUUGUAAAAUACUGGUUGGGGGGUCCAGAUCCUCUCGACUACAUAAGCAUGUACGAAAAUUCUGGCCGCCCGGAAUUGGGAAUACCACCACAUUGGCACUAUAUUAGUUUUGGAUUAUCAGAUCUGCAUGGAGAUGGGCGAAUACAUCCAAAAAGUGGUCCAGGUCGUCCGAGUGGCUUUGGAUUUGAGCUAACAUUUAGAUUAGUCAGGGAAAGGAACGAGAUGACUCCUCCCACUUGGCCAGCAAAUGUGAUGCAACAGUUAGCAAAAUAUGUUUUUAAUUCUGGUAACAUGUUGUUACCUGGAGACCAUGUUUCAUGGCAUGCACCUUUAGACAAUGGCAGUGGGCGCAUCACGCAAAUUCUAAUGGGCAGGGAUCCACAGUUACCAGCAUCCAUAUCUACGCCACAUGGUGAUGUUUCAUUUGUUCAAAUUGUAGGAGUUACUUCUGAAGAACUACAAGCUGCACAGCAUUGGAAUGGUUUAGGCCUUGUAAAUUUACUGAAGUCUAGUCGUGGUUGCGGACCAUGGUUGUUAACUGAGAUGAGAAGGAUGUACUCUGUUAUGGAAGAUGAUCCCUCUAUAGCAGAGAAAAUAGAAACUGGUAUAGAAAAGGAGGGUUCUAAUUUAAGUGGUGUAUCUGCGAAAUGUUGGUGGGUCCAAGUAAACAGUGAUAAAAGUACAGAGAAAUAUAGAGAGACAAAAAGCGAAUCAGACGAAGAAGAUGAAGAUAUAAAACCAAUUAUUAAGUCAGAAAGAUUGUCUCCUUGUGAGCAAGAUACAAAUUUACCAAACGAAAGUUUUAUCAAAGUUUUACCAGGUCUUCAUUUGACAUUUAAUCUUGAAGCCGGAUCUUUGUUACCAUUAGCAAUAAAGGGUCGUGUUAUGCACGGAAGGCAUUUCACGUUCAAAUCAAUAUUAUCUAAUACAGCGAUAACGAUAGUUGCUCCUUCAGUUACGGGCACUUUAGUGUCUAAAGAAAAACCAUAUGUAGUUCAGGGACCAUGGUUACAAGUUCUGCUUCCAGAAGAUCUGAGUGAAAAUAUGGCUCAAGAGUUCCAAAUUCUAAAUUCACCAAAUCAGAUUCAACUUCCAAAGACGUUUUCUUGGCCUGAACAUAAACUGGUUAUUACCGUUGUAAAUGACUGAGAAACUUAACUUAGUACUGCUACAAAUAUCGUAAAACCGAAUUAGGAUAAAUUGACGUAAGCAAAGUAUUAUCUAAUUUUAUUACAGAAGCGAACUACAGCGAAAUAAUUUAUAAUCAAAUG